AUGAGUAAGCCAGGUAGUCCAAAGUCGCGGCAGUUGAGCAGGUUGGAUUCUGAUCCCAGACGUUGCAAGGACGAAAAGAUAAUGAGGGAGAUAGCCUCAGAUGAAUCAACCCUCCCAGCCGGCUUCUCUCCAGUAGACAACAGCGCCGGACAGAACGAUGGCAUUUCUGUUCAGGAUGAAGCAUCCGAGGAAGAAAAAAGUAGCGCUCAGCAAGACGCAGAUCCACCAGGGAUGUCAAGAAGAGCACUUGAGGUCACUAAGAAGCGCAAGCUUGUGUUCGAGAUUGAUGAUGGCCCGCCAAGAAAACGGCGAUAG